CGAAGAGCUAAAAAGAAAAUCAAUUUUCCCUAGUAAUUUGAUAUUUCUAUUAAUUGUGAUAAUCUAAACGAUUAGAUAUAAUCAUGAAAUCAGUUAUUGUUGCUUUUAUAUGCGUUUUAUAUUGUUGUCAAGCAGCAGUUACAAGAGGUGAAGGUGUGGUUAUUGAUGGAAAAAAUGAAAAAAUUCCUGAAGUUACAAUUAUUACUACGGAAAGCUCCAAAUUAGUUUCUCCAGUGAAUGGAAACGGGACGAAGACUGAAACCAUUCCUAUUGGUCCUACGAUAGAUCCUAAUACAUCAACUGUCACACCUACAACUACACAUGCACCAAACAUAACAACUAUUGCACCAAACACAACAACCAUCGCACCUACAACUACACAUGCACCAAACACAACAACCGUAACACCUACAACUACACAUGCACCAAACACAACAACCGUAACAACUACACAUGCACCAAACACAACAACUGUGGCACCAACAACUCCAAAACCCACAAAUGGAACUACUGUAACGCCUUCUCCAAGCUCUACUGCUUCUCCCAUUACCUCCACAACAGCCGUACCACCUUCCAAUCGUGGAUUUGACGGGCCUAGUUUCAUUGGAGGAAUAGUUUUAGCAUCUGGUCUGAUGGCCAUUGGCUUUGUUGCUUUGAAAUUCUACAGAGCGCGUACAGAACUCAACUACCACACUCUUUAAAUAUUCUAAACAAAUAACUUGAAGUUUUGAAAAUUAGGUUUUGUCAGCAAGAAAAAUUGUUCAAUGUUUUAUUUCUAUGACUUCUUGUUGAGAUGCGUACUGAAUGGAAUUUGAACAUUUUCAGUGUUUAUUUUUCGAAAUCUUUUGAAAUUUUUUUUACAAAAACAAGUUCAAAUUUAUUCAAUCACUAGGAAUUGGAUCAUUGCUUUUUUAUAUAUAAGACCAUACAUAAAUUUUGUCUCUUCAUUAUUUUUGACGAAUUAUGAGAAUCAAGUUUCAAACUUAUUUUCAUUUGAUAUAUUUUUACCUUCUUUGUUUUUGUAAAACUUCAAAGGAUUGAUAAUGGAUCUUCAAAAUGUAUUACCGAUGAAAAACUUUCUUUGUUGAGUAUUAAAAAUUUAUUUAUUAGUUCUUGAAUUCUAAUAUCAGUUAUAUCAUUUCAAAAUUUAUUUUUUCUUCUUCAAAUCAAGUGUUAUUAUUUUAUAUUGUAUGAGAUUUAUUUUUGUUUAUAAGCUAUCCUUAGUAUUUACUUUUGUACAUUUUCUCACACUAUUGUCUGUAUUGUUGAAAAAUUAUGAUAAUAAAAGUUUUUGGCAACCCAAAAAAACUUCAAAGGCAUCUUCUAAGUCAAUAAUACGAAAGUAUGGUAACUGAAGUCCUGAAAUACUAAAUUUUCUUUUGAAAAUCACCGAAUGAAUAUGUGAUAAGUAGUAAUUUAUUUUUGGGUAGACUUAUAUUUUUGGAGAAGCAAAAUUUUUGUGUACAAUAAUUUUUCAUAACAAAAAAAUGAAUUUGAUCAAUGAUGUUUACACACUGUCCGAGAAAGUGCUCUUAAUAGAGUAGUUUAAAGGUUUUUGAAAAGGUGCAGUAGCUGUAGUUAUUUCCUUCAUUUGAUACUUUUAUUCAUUUUAUCUUUAAUGUUGAAAUAAAUGUUGUAAAGUUAAUGGUACAUAUUAAAUAUAAUAUUAUAAUAGUGCACUAUUGCAACAGCAGAGAAUAUGUUUUUUUUAAUCCCGAAAAGAUUCUCAAUAUUCAUUUACAAUAAGUAGUGAAAUAUAUGAAAAUUCUUAAAGGGCAUUUUUUUGCUGAAGGGAAUGACGCUUUAGUGCACAUCUAGUUGUUAAGUCAAUUUGUCAGUUUGCAAAAUACAUAUUAUUCUAAUAAACCUGUUUAUUUUAAAA